AUGCAUCCGUCACGAAAGUCGGCCUUGGCCCUCUCCCUGCUCCUCGCGCCUGCGCCGAGCUGGGGGAUGCUGAACUGCAACAAUGUGCGAGUGGACGGCCAUAGCUUCGACCUCUCGAAGCUCGGAGGUCCCCACUCCGUCGUCACCUCUCAGUACGACUCCCUCGUCGACGCGCACCACAACACGACAUACACGCUGGACAUUUGCAAGCCCCUGAAGAAAUCGGGCAAGGAGAAGAAGACUGAAGAGUGCCCCAACGGGACGAGAGUGUGCGCCGUCAAGCGGCUGCUGCACGGAGACCAGAAUACGGUGGAGAAGAUGGUGGCCAUCGCCGGCUCCCUGGAGAGCGUGGGCGGAUCCCAGUUCGAGUACGAAGUGAUGCGGCUCAAGACGAGCGACUCCAAUAGCGAUUCUCAAAAGGAAGGCGUGCGGCUGGUGCUCAAGGGUGGCAAGCACCCGCUGGACGGUCCCGUGAAGGAGCGUCGCGAGCAGCGAGCCGUCAUCGAGUUCCUCUGCGACACGGACAAGAAAGGAGACGAAGGUGAGUGGGAGGCGGAGCAACAGGUCGAGCAGGGGGAGAAGCUGCGACGGGCUGGCGACGAGGGUGCGACGACGAAAGAGGACGGCGACAAGGACGACGGCGACAAAGGCGACGACGGCGACAAGGGCCCCGACGAUGGUCCGGAAAAAUCUUCGUCUGAGCACCAGCUGAAGAAGAAGGAUGCCGCACUCGUGUGGGAGAGUUACGGACCCGAAAAGGACGCGGAUGUGCUGCGACUCACGUGGCAUACCAAGUACGCGUGCGAGAAGCGUGACGGCAACGACGACAAGGACAAGGACAAGGACAAGGACAAGGACAAGGACAAGGAGGGCGACAGAGACGCCAGCAGCCAUUGGGGGUUCUUCACCUGGUUCAUCAUCAUCAUGUUCCUCGGCACCGCUUCCUAUCUCAUCUUCGGCUCGUGGCUCAACUACAACCGGUACGGCGCUCGGGGCUGGGAUCUGCUGCCCCACGGCGACACGAUCCGGGACGUCCCGUACCUCAUGAAAGACUGGUUGAGACGGGUGCUGAACACCGUGCAGGGGACAGGCAGCCGGGGCGGAUACAGCGCAGUCUAG